AUGAGCGGUUCCGGCUCUGUCCCGGCCACGCCGGACAGCGUGUCCGAUGGCACUCGUGAGCUCUCGCUACAAGCAUCUCCAUACUCGGAAGACUCAUCGGUGGCUGGCACGCCCAACGGCGAUGAGCUUGGCGACUCUCCCAAGCGACUCCCAUCCUUGAACACCUUUUCCGACCCUCGAAAUAUGAAUCCCAACUCGACUACGUUGGGAAUCUUGGGCAAGGCGAGGCAUCCUCCGCAAGCAACCUCAUCUUUCGUGGGGGGCGCCGGAGCCAUGGACAACAGUGUCAUGGCCAAGGCGCGAGCCCUUCAUCAGCAGCGAAUGCAAAAGGGCAUGGCAGCGGCGGGCAGCUCGCCUGUCUCACCGAUGCCCUCGCCCGGAGGUCCCGUGGCGCCCGGCUUCCCUAACCUCCGCAUGCCCCCGACUAUGCAGCGUCCCGGUGCAGUGCCGCACCCCAGAUCGGCACCUGUCCUACCAAAGCCCUCCCUUAGCGAGAGAAGAGCCAACAUGGGUAUGGGAAUGAAGCUCUCUGAUAUAGGCGGCAGCGGCAGCCCCAUGCCUACGGGUGGACUGCGCCGGGCCGGUGCUCCCUCUUUCUCCGCCGGGAUGCCUGGAAACGACGACUUCAAGAAGUACAUCGAUACAGAGAAGGGCUGGAUUACUUUUGACGGUGCUGCUACGAUCACUCGGACCGGAGUCAACUUCUCCAAUGGCCAGACCUUCAGCAUAUCCCUUGACGAGGUGGAAAUUAUAGAUGAGCUCGGAAAGGGCAACUACGGAACCGUAUACAAGGUCAGACAUGCGAAGCCGAGUGCGCCGCGAUUUGGACAGGGUUUGUCUGGAGCCAAGCUGGCACCGCAUCCCCAUCGCAGUCAGUCGGACUCGGCGGUCACAGACGCUGCAAGCGCAUUGGACGGUCGGACCGGUAAAGUAAUGGCGAUGAAGGAAAUUCGACUCGAGCUCGAUGACGCCAAAUUCACCACUAUUCUCAAAGAGUUGGUCAUUUUGCACGAGUGUGUGUCUCCAUUCAUCAUCGACUUUUACGGAGCCUUCUUUCAAGAGGGCGCAGUUUACAUGUGCAUCGAGUACAUGGAUGGUGGUUCCAUUGAUAAAAUCUACGCCGGAGGCAUACCUGAAAACGUCCUGCGCAAAAUUACCUACUCAGCCAUUAUGGGCCUCAAGUCACUGAAAGACGAGCAUAACAUUAUCCAUCGUGACGUAAAGCCAACAAAUAUCUUGGCCAACACACGAGGCCAGAUCAAAAUUUGCGAUUUCGGCGUCAGCGGCAAUCUUGUUGCCAGUAUAGCCAAGACAAACAUUGGAUGCCAGAGUUACAUGGCCCCUGAGCGGAUAUCUGGAGGUGCCAUGGCACAGCCAGGCGGUACCGACGGAACCUACAGCGUCCAGAGCGAUGUCUGGAGCUUAGGCCUGACAAUCAUUGAGUGCGCCAUGGGCCAGUACCCAUACCCACCCGAAGCCUCGUCCACCAUUUUCAGUCAACUGAAUGCAAUCGUCGAAGGCGAACCCCCUGCCAUGCCAGAGGAGGGUUACACGGAUAUGGCAAAGGACUUUGUCAAGAACUGUCUACAUAAGAUUCCCAAGAUGCGACCGACGUACGCUCUACUGCUUAAGCAUCCUUGGAUCCAGUCCUUGACCAAGCCGGAAACGAUUACUGAAGUCGCCGAAGAUGGCACCGAAGAUGCCGAGGUUGCUGAAUGGGUCAAGUCUGUACUGAAGAAGAAUGCGGAAGGGCACAACGGCGACGGUCCUAGCAAGCCAGCGCUUCAUGCCGCGCCCCUGGACAGCAUUAGCCCGUUGGGGAGCCCUGUUAUCAACCACGGUCUAUAG